GGGUUGGGGAGCACCUCCAUCUGUGGGAUACCAAGGUUAAAGACAGUGGAAAAUAUUACUGCCAGGGUGUGAGGGAGACAUUAGUGGGAGACAUACUUACCCUUCAAAGUCUGCCUGUGGAGAUCAAUGUGGAUGGAGGAUGGGCUAUCUUGCAAGUCCAGCCUAAUCCCAGCCUUGUUGGAAACACCUUGAAGGCAACGUGUAGAGUCCGAGGUGAACCCCAACUUGAUGAGGUGAUUCUGUACAAAAAUGGGUUUGAAGUCAUGAGACAAAGGGGCGUCGACCCAACUUUUCACCUGUCCAUCUUGGCUCUUGAGGACCAAGGGAAAUACUCUUGCAGGGCUUCCUGGGACGCAGACAGACGAACACGCUCUGUGAUUUCAGCUGAAGCUACAGUUCAGGUCUUAGAGGUUCUAUCACAACCAGUUCUGGAGAUUGUUGCAGACAGUAACCUGAUUCCAGAAAAAAAGAUGAAGCUUAUCUGCCACCACCAAUACAACGCCCCUGCUCCUGCCCCUCCAGUACACUACUAUUUCUAUGAGAGUGACAUCCAACUGGGAACAGCAACCUCUGAAAACCAUAAUCUGGUUAAACGGACUCCAGGCAACUACAGAUGCAAGGCCAGAGUGCCUCAAUUGGGCCUCUCCAAGUGGAGUAGGCCCAAAGCCUUUGGACAAGUGACAGGUACUGAGAAGUAAAAU